AGGGAUUUCAUGUAUUGAUGGGUUAGUGUUAAAAAUAAAAGAUCGGUUUUUGGGAAAAAACCGUGAUUGGAUGACUUUGACGGCAGGAAUUUGCACAUAAGMAAUUCAGGACUCGCAAAUAUGCACCAAGUAUUCCUUUUAUGAUACCCUUUAAAAAUGAAAGUCGUUUCUUGUAAUUUKUGAUAGCAAUCUUACCUCUUUAAUUUGAAAUAAGGGAUUCUCUGUGGCAGCGCCGCCAUCUUACUUCGGAGAUUCCCGCCAAACGAUUAAAUGCGCAACGUGAUUGGCCAAAAUCCGGUGAGAGGACUUCGAUUUUGGGAAGCUAGGAAAUCGUUUUGUCCAGACUUAGCAGUUCCUUGAUAUAAAAGAAAAUGAUAAGCUCCAAUCCAGUAUCGCUGGAUGAAAACAUGCCUGACGWGCAAGGGGAGAGCGAGACGAAACAACAAGAAGAAGAUAUUACCGAGGAAAAGCAAAAUGUCGACGAUGUCUUGCAGCAGAUCAUGAGCAUCGCGGAGCAAUCGUUAGACGAAGCGCAAGCAACKAAGCAUGCUUUGAAUUGCCAUCGUUUGAAACCCGCCCUGUUCAAUGUUCUCUGUGAGCUCAAGGACAAAAUAGCUUUGAAUGUUCGCGGAGCUAGUCAAGAAGAGGACAUGCCUCCAGAUCCACAGCUUAAGGGAAUGGACAGUAUGCUGCUUGCAGAGGGCGUGAUGGGACCUGACAAAGAUAGUGGCACUGCACUGGGGCAUGAAAAUCAAACAGAACGCACAGAAUACCARGACAAAAUAAAGGAAAUCAGACAGGUUUAUCAUACAGAGUUUGAAACAUAUAAACAGGCAUGCAACGAGUUCACUAGCCAUGUCAAGAACCUUCUAAAUGAGCAAUCUAACAUAAGGCCURUAGAUGAUAAAGACAUACAGAAGAAGUUGGGAAUGAUGCAACACAACUUUAAUGAAAUACAAUUACAACUUAAACAAAGUACAUGUGAAGCUAUAGUGGUACUCAGAUCAAAUGUUCUGGAAGCAAGGAAAAAGAGAAAAAACUUGAGCAAGCAAGCCAUUGAAGUGUUAAAUGGGUACUUUUAUUCACAUCUGGGUAGUCCAUACCCAAGCGAUGAAGAUAAAGAAGAACUUGCAAAAAAAUGCAAGAUUAGUGUAAUGCAGAUAUCCAACUGGUUUGGCAACAAAAGAAAUCGAUACAAGAAAAAUAUUGUCAAAGCUCAGAAAGAAGCAAGUAUGUAUGCCGCAAAGGCUGCUACUGGCACCACUGCAACUGCACAAGGAGAACUUGUUCCACCCAGUCAGGGGGGACAACCACAACCAACAGUGAACGGAAUAACUUCUGAAACAGAGACUCAAAUAACUACAGAAACUGUAGGUGCAUCCAUUGGAAACCCAGACAUUUCACAGMCAUCUCAGUCACACAUCUCAACAUCAUCACAGCUGAUUGGGGAGAUACACAAAGCAGUGUUAGAAAUGAUUGACAGUAUGGAAGCAGAGAGUGGACAAACAGUGUCAGAUGAACAGUCAUAGAAGGUGUACAUUGUGGAUUAUAGAAAUGGCACUCAYAAAGAAUAAAAAAAUGUGUUUCAAAGGAUGCUCUUGACUAGUAUUUUACAAAUAGUUUUAUUUUACAAUAUAAAUUUGUACAUUUUGAUUAAAUUUGUACACAAAGUUUUGCCCACAUUUGUUUGUAAAAAAGAGAGAAAGAAUAGAUGUCAAUCCAGAGGGUGUUAAUGGCUGCACUAUAAACUGCAAGGCUUUGCCUGAGCAAAACAGUCAUUGAAACUAGAGUAUUUUUUUUCUCUAUGUUGAUGCAUCCCUCUCUUUAGUAUCUGUAAGAACCUAUCAUACAGCUUAAUUUUGAGAACAAAUAAAAUAGUAGUGUUUGAAAUAAAUAAAACUGAUAUGUGAGAAUACAAUCUGAAUGAAAAUAUAUGUUGUGGAUUGUCAAGUCAGUGAUUCAGCCCUUGUACUGUAUCAAAUUACAACUUGAAUUUUGAACUGUGUGACUACCUCAAAGAUUAAAGUCAAUUAAGUCUCAAAAUCMAAAUAAACUAACAUUAAAAAGAA